AUGAAGAUCGAAGAAGAAACGACUAGCACUGAAGUGGUGAAGAAGGAACAGUGUGGGUGCUGCGGGAUGUCGGAGGAGUGCACGGUGGGCUACAUCAGGUGGGUGAAGGAGCGGUUUGGUGGGAUAUGGGUGUGCGGCCUCUGCGAGGAAGCCAUCAAAGAUGAGCAAGCAAGGCUAGGCGUGGGCGUGGAGGUUGCUCUGAGGGUCCAUACCAUGUUCAGAGAGACAGCCAAUGCAGACCCAGCCAUUCAAAUCGCACGUUCCAUCCUGCAACUUCUCAAGAGGAUCAUGUCUGCUACUGCUUCUUCUGGUUCUGAUAGUGCUCCUCAGCCAACAACUGUAACACAACCUCCUUCCUUUUAG